AUGGAGAACCUGGUGCUGAUGCUGCAGACGCAGCGCGAGGAGCUGCUGGCCGCCCACGCCGCCGCCAGUGACCGCGAGGCCGCGCAGCAGCUGGCGCAGCAGCUCAAGACGCUGUCCGAGGAGCUGGAGCUCGUGGCGGCCGCUGCGACGACCGCGCCGCUCGCCGCCGCGCUGACCCCGGACUUCUACGCGAGCUACCUGCUCGUCGUGCUGCUGGCGAAGAACCUGAACGACGCGCGGUUCCUGUGGAAGCGCAUCGUGCCCGAGAUCAAGGAAAACUCCGAGGAGCUUCGCGCUGUGUGGGAGAUUGGCAAGGCGCUGUGGCAGCGGAACCUGGCUGCAGCCUACGCCGCGAUGGACUACGACUGGUCUCCGUCCCUGCAAGGACUCAUCGAGGCCCUGAAGACUGCCACUCGUGAGGGCACUGCUGAGCUGCUGAGUCUCGCGUACUCGACGAUUUCGGUCAGCGACGCGGCGCUGGCGCUGGGCUUCGCUCGGCACGAAGACGCGAUGCAAUACUGCUCGUCGCUGAACUGGGAGGUGAACGCAGCGGACCAAAUGAUCAUGCCCAAGCCGUUGGGCAACGUGCGACGCGGGCCCUCGACGGUCGUGGACCUGAACCAGCUCGACACGCUGUCCAAGUCGGUGCUGCAUCUGGAACAGAACACAGUGUUCAAGCUGCCGUGA